AUGGCAGAUCGUAGUGUUGCGUGGGAUGAAUUAGGUAAGUUGGAGAUGAACAGGCGUACUGAUGACGGAAAAUCAGAUUCACAAGGUCCCGGCGUAUACAGUGCAAGUGAUGCAGCGGCGAAUGCGAUGCUUGAACAGCGCAAACUCGCGCAACAGGUGCCUGUGCCUACAUCUGAUAUACACGUGCGCGAAACUCUGCGACGGUACGAUGAGCCUGUGACCCUCUUUGGUGAGCAUGAGGCAGAUCGACGUGCGCGUCUUUUGGGAGUUCUUAUCGCACGACACGGAAAGAAUGCCGUUCAUUUGUCCCACGCGCCGGUAGCGGACGCAUCAGAGGAGAAUGACGACGACGAAGAUGAAGAGUUUUUUACCGAAGGUUCGACAGCUUUGCUUCUUGCACGCCGUCGUAUUGCCAUGUAUUCCCUUUCUCGUGCAAAAAGGCGGCUUUCUCAGCAACAUUUCGAAGCACAGUCCUCAUUGGGCGAUAUGGCCGCAUUGCGCAAGUCAGUGCUUGACCCAUUGAAGUCAUAUACCAGCCUCGGCUCACAGGUGGCUGGCGAGCGGCCUGUGUCGAUCGUCCGAUUCUCUCCUGACUCCUCUAUUCUUGCUACCGGAUGUUGGUCUGGAAAAGCAGCGCUUUGGGAGAUGCCUAAUGCCUCGCCCUUAGGCACAUUGCACGGUACGUGGCGUGGUUCAAAUCGAACGCAGUGGCUGACUCGACAACUCAAGCACAUGAAGAUCGUGUGA